AUGAAAUUAAAUAUUUUACCUAUGAAAACUAAUUUGUUAGUAUUAAAAAAAAAUAUUAUUAAUCAAUUAUCAUUCUAUUCAUUAUCAUCUUCAAAUACAUUAAUUCAGGUAAUAUCAAAUGAAUGGUUAAAUUUAAAUGAAGAACUUUCAAUAGAUAAAAAAAUAAAUAAAGGAAAAAUCUUUAUAUCAGCUUAUAAUGAAUCAAAAGAUUAUGAUAAAAUUGAGGGACUUAAAUUUUUAGUACAAAAAAUGUCUACAAAUCAUGAAUUGUUAAAUAAUGCUAUAAAAAAUUAUCAAAGAAUUUCUAAUGUUAAUACAAUACGAGAUAUUUAUAUAGCUUCAACACCAGAAUAUGCUAAACUUUUUCAUGCAAUUUCUAAUUUAUCAGAAGGUGUUAGAUUUUUAUGUGAAUUAAGAGCAGAUAUUCAUCGUAUGAUAAAAAUAAUGUCAAAACAAUCAAGUGGAGAAUUAGCAGGUCUUGUUAGAUUAGAUAAUUUUUUAAAAGAAAAAUUAAUUAGCAUAUUUUCAUUAAGUAAUUUAUCAUUACAAAGAAUUACAUGGAAUUCACCAGCAUCAUUAUUACAAAAAAUUACAUCAAAAGAAGCUGUUCAUCCAGUAAAAGGAUUAUUAGAUAUUGAAAGAAGAGUUUCUUCAAAUAGAAGAUGUUUUAUUUUUACUCAUAGUGCUAUGCCUAAUGAACCUUUAAUUGUUGUUUACGUAGCAUUAAUGAAAAAAAUUGCAAAUAAUAUUAAAGAAAUAGUUAAUGAUGUUGAGGAUUAUAUUGAUAAAAAUGAAAAUGAUAAGACAACUGCUAUAUAUUAUUCAAUAAGUUCUUUACAACCUGGUCUUAAAGGAAUUGAUUUAGGAAAUUUAUUAAUAAAAUCAGUAGUAAAUGAAUUAGAAAAAGAAUUACCAAAUAUUGUUGAACAUUCAACAUUAUCUCCAAUUCCUGGUUUUAGACAUUGGCUUAUUAGAUGUAUUCAUGGUAAUAGUAAUUUUGAAUUAUUUGAUAUUAAAUCAUGUAACAUUUUAAAAGAAAUUGGUUUUGAUUUAUCUAAUAUAAAUGAGGUUAAAAAAAUAAUAUAUGAAGAAAUUGAAUCAGAUUCAGUUGAAAGAUAUGAAAAAUUAAAAAAAUUUUUUAUGUAUACUUGUGCUAGAUAUCUUUGUCAUGCUAAAGAAUUAAAAAAUAAUUUUGCAUUAAAUCCUGUUGCUCAUUUUCAUUUAUCAAAUGGAGCAAAAAUAUAUCGUAUUAAUUGGAAAGGAAAUACAAGUGGAAGAGGUAUUCAACAAAGUUUAGGAAUGAUGGUUAAUUAUUUUUAUGAUACCUCUAAAGUUCAUCAAACUAGUAGUAAAUAUUUAAAUGAAAAAGAAAUAUUAAUUAGUGAUGACAUUAAAGGACUAUUAUAA